CGUUUCCAGCCGGCCCUUUUUCGCCGCCGGGUUCCCAGCAUGGCUGCCCCCAGUGCUGCGGGCCCGGGAGCCUCCUCUCCUUCGUGUUCCUGACAGCGCCUGGCUUCUGUGCGCUCCGGGUCUUCUCCGGGCUGUCUCAGCAGACAUGUUCGCCAAGGCCUUUCGGGUCAAGUCCAACACGGCCAUCAAGGGGUCGGACAGGAGAAAGCUUCGAGCUGAUGUGACAGCUGCUUUCGCCACCCUUGGAACAGAUCAGGUCUCUGAGUUGAUACCUGGAAAGGAGGAGCUCAACAUUGUGAAGUUGUGUACUCACAAAGGGGACGCAGUGACUGUGUACUCCAGUGGUGGCAACCCUAUCCUGUUUGAACUGGAGAAAAAUCUGUAUCCUACAGUGUACACGCUAUGGUCCUAUCCGGAUCUUUUACCGACCUUCACCACAUGGCCCCUGGUCCUUGAAAAACUGGUAGGGGGAGCAGAUUUGAUGCUGCCAGGACUAGUGGUGCCCCCUGCUGGUCUGCCUCAGGUACAGAAGGGCGACCUCUGUGCCAUUGCCUUGGUGGGGAACAGAGCCCCGGUAGCAAUCGGAGUGGCUUUCCUGUCCACCGCUGAGAUGCUGGCUGCGGGCCUGAAGGGAAAGGGCUUCUCGGUGCUCCACACUUACCAGGACCACCUGUGGCGAUCGGGAGACAAGUCCUUUCCACCAUCCAUUGCUCCAUCGGUGCAGGGUGCCGCCGAUGUCAGUGAAGAGAAGGUGCAGGGAGACAUGAGGGGCCUGGCCCUGCAGGGAGCAGAGGACGGGAGAGGGGAGGCCCAUCCAGUGCAUGGGGAGGAGUCCCUCCCAGAAGCCUCAGAAGAUGAUAGCACCCAGGACCUGAGCCCAGGGCCCACGGAUGGCAAAUCUGUGCAAGAGCAAAUGGAUGACCUGGUACAGCAGUGCUUCCUGCAGGCCUUGAAGUGCCGAGUCAAAAAGGCCGACCUUCCUCUCCUCACGAGCACGUUCCUUGGCAGCCACAUGUUCUCUUGCUGCCCUGAAGGACGACAGCUGGACAUAAAGAAGUCGAGCUAUAAAAAGCUCUCUAAGUUCCUGCAGCACAUGCAACAGGAGGAGAUUGUGCAGGUGAAGGAGCUGAGCAGAGGGGUGGAGAGCAUUGUGGCUGUGGACUGGAAGCAUCCAAGGAUCACGUCUUUCAUCAUCCCUGAACCCUCCCUGACCUCGCAGACUGUGCAGGAAGGUAGCAGGGAACAGACCUAUCACCCUCCAGAUAUAAAGGCCCUCUACUGUGUCCCUGCCAGCAUGACCCUCCUCUUCCAGGAGUCUGGCCACAACUGGAACAACCCCGGGCACCUCCUGUCUCACAGGAAGGGGAGCACUCUCGAGGCCAGCGAGGUCCGAGCGACUGUCAUUGACUACGCCAAGAAAAAUGACCUGGUGGAUGCCAACAACAAGAAUCUAGUGAAAUUGGAUCCCAUCCUGUGUGACUGUAUCCUAGAGAAAAAUGAACAGCACACAGUCCUGAAGCUUCCGUGGGACAGUCUCCUGAGCAGAUGUCUUGAAAAACUGCAGCCUGCCUAUCAAGUAACCUUUGCUGGACAGGAACCUGUUGUGAAGAAAGGGAAAAUCUGUCCUAUCGACAUCACCCUAGCACAGAGGGCUUCUAAUAAAAAGGUGACUGUGGUCAGAAACUUGGAGGCCUAUGGUCUAGACCCAUCCUUAGUGGCCACCAUCCUCCAACAGCGAUGCCAGGCCAGCACCACAGUCACUCCUGUCCCUGGAGCCAAGGAUGGUUUGCAGGUGCAGAUCCAGGGGAACCAGAUCCACCACCUGGGCCAGCUGCUGCUUGAGGAGUAUGGGCUUCCGCGAAGACACAUCCAAGGCCUGGAAAAGGCACCCAAGUCCGGCAAGAAGAAGUGACUGACUUGUUUCAGCUGAUGGAUCGAGUGGAAAUCCAGGCUCUGGGCUGGUAAUUUAUGAGCGUUUUCAGCUUUUACAAAUUAAAAAUGUAAUUCUUUACCAAAGAUUUUUAUUGUGAUCUAAA